AGAAGUUUAGAAAGAGGGCACCUGCAUUAAACAAUAACAACCCAAAAAAAUAAAGAAAAGAAAAACGAAACAAAAACAGUAGGCCAGCUUAUUUAUUUUUCCGCCUGAUGAUAUUUCAUUGAUAAGAUUUGACCACAGAGUUGUCAUUGGAUACAAAUUGAUCUAAAAAGUUUGAACAAAAGGGCUGGAUUAAAAAUGGCUUCAGAGACAAUAACAGAGCUUUUAAAAGCCAAUGAGGAAGAUUUUGACAAGUCCAUCAAAGAAAUGUCAAUGAAGAACCUGAUGGAAACUAUAUCCAGUUUACAAAAAGAAAUGGCCAAAGAACAAGAAACAUUUAACUCAUUAAGUGCCGAACUACAGAAUAGAAAAGAACGAAACUCUAGGCAGUCCAAGCAAAUCUCAAAGGACUUAACCACAUCCCAGCAGAGGUUGACACUCCUCAUGAAUAGAAGCAUGAAGUGUUUUUCACAGAUAGGGGACAUCAAAGAAACGCAAACCGCCAACCACAAUGGUGAAGCCUCACCUCUUAAACGUAGAAACUCAGCUAAAGGCCCCCACCCUAACAUCACCACCUCAAAGACCAACAUCCAGCGCAGCCACUCUCUCCACUGUGUUAACCAGCCGGAUGAGAAUUCUAGUCCAUCCCCAAAGAAAACAUCCCAGGCUCAAGCCUCUGGUCAGUUGUUGCAGGACAUUCAUCAGUUACCAGCCCCGGUUAUCAUGAAACCUUCCGGCGAUUAUAAGAAAUGGACUAAUCAAAACACUGCAAAUAUCAAGGCGCUGGCUUUGAGUGAGAAGAAGGAAAUCAUCCGACCGGAACCAGAAAGUAAUGUUAAUUUAAGACUAUCAGGAGCAGACGAGACCAACAACUUGAUAGAUGCUGAAGCUUCUGUUGCCAAUGACAACCCAGCCAGGAGUGAUGGACAAACAGGUAUUUCCUCGUCCCACACUGGGCUUUACGUCAAACGCAAACCUGCGCAGGUGCAAAGAGUAACGACUACUGUCACACUUAGCUCUAGCAGCUUCUCUCCCGUGCAUGAACUCUCCAACCCCACCCCUGCAAGCACUCCUGUAGUUACCCCCUCCCCUGCACUAACCCCCCAGCACGCUAACACCAACGACACUCACCUUUUAAAAACAAAGCCCCCCACGCAUGCCAACAACCCCUUGCAAACCACCAGCGCCAACCAGGGGGUAAGUAAACCUCAGGUAACCGCUGACCCGGAACCACAACCCCGCCAGUACCGUGGUCUGCCGAGCGUCAAGCUGUUGGCCAAGUCGUUCGGCAGCACCAACGCCUUGAAUGUGAGCUCAUCCUUAGCUUCUGGUUCACGCUUUGGUGGCAGCCAGUCCAACCUGUAUGAUGGUAAAGGUGUAGUAAGGUCCUACAGCAGUGUGUCCAUUACCAGCCCCAGUAAACCACACUCAUCUGGCCUUAUACUCCUCUCUAAGGGACAACCUGUGACGACCAGCGCUGAGAAAACAGAAACUCCGGUCGUGAACGGGAUGGCUCAGCAGCAGCCGGUUAUCAGAAAGGUGCAAAGCACUCCCCAAAACAGUGGGCCUAGCGAGCUCGAACUGGCCAGGCUUAGACUGAAAACAAACAGGCCAGCAAGGGAGGUAACUACAAACGCUGAGAUUUCAAGCAGCCAGGAUAAUUCCCAAGUUAUGGUCCCUGGCUCAGCAGGUCAGGGCGACACAAACGGGAAGCAGUUGAAUGUUGGGACUUAUAUGAAAAAAAAAGACAGCUCCGCCGUCAGGCCUGCUAGUGCUGUGACCACAGUUGCGUCCACUGCCUAUUUAAACUCCACCUCCGUCUCUAGAGUAGGCGGCGGAUCAAAUCCACAAAUUGACUCCAAGGCUAAUCUGAGGCCUACAUCCACCCCUCCCACACAAAACAGCACCAGCAGUACAAAACCCUCUUACCUAAAGUCCAGCAACUCUCAGAACAAACCCACUUCAGAUCUACCUCACCAGUUAACCAAGGGACACAAUCUCACGCCGAAUACAGCUGUCGGGGUCGGCAAUGCCACAAACAAUUCUCUCCCCUCCAAGACACCUGGCACCAGUGCCAGAGUCGUCUCCACGGCAACGUUCAACAUGCGGAGGAGCAAGUCCAAGGAAGAGCUCCAGGAGAGCCCGCAGGUGUUCAGUAAGGAACUCCUCCUGCGCCAGAUUGAGGCCAGGAGGAGAGACGACUACGACAACACCGAGAGCAACUUCAGGGCCAUGUCCAAGCUGUCACAGUCCAUGCCUUCUUUAGUCAACGAAGAGAUUGGAGAUGGCAGCAGAUCUUUCCCCAUCAAGUCCAGCAUUGUGUUGCCUGAGAAGACGCAGCAUCCAGCCUAUGGGGGGAGUGACGUGGAGGACGACGAGCAGUUGUCCAAGAUGAACUUGAGAGACUGGGACCCAGUCAGUUCUCGUUAUACCUCAUCUCCCCCUUAUUCUUUCUUUCUUUGUCUCUUUCUCAGUUUACUUCUUUCCUCUAACAUCAUUCUCAGUUUUACUUCUUUCCUCUAA